GAAAACCGGGUGAUCCAUGUGAUACAAUCGAGUUCCAGUGUAUGUCAGGUGAUCAGUGUGUUCCAAAGUCAUUCCAAUGUGAUGGAGAAAUCGAUUGUCAAGAUAGGUCAGAUGAACUUGACUGUUUUCCCCCCGUCAUCACUUUUCCGCCUGUAUCAAAGAUAGAUGUAGAAUUAGGGGGAAGUUUCACCAUUAUUUGUGAAGCUGUGGGAACACCUACACCACUGAUUGUCUGGAGCUUUAACGGGGGAAAUAUCCCUACUGGACCCCAUGUACUCACAAGCAGCAAGAGUGGAAGAGGAAAUCUGACAAUAACUGAUGCUAGUGUUCAAUAUUCUGGUGCAUAUACAUGUGAAGCUAUCAACACACGAGAUUCCAUCUUUGCCACACCAGAUACUAUUAUCAUUGUCAGGAGUAAAAAAUGAAAAAAAUGAAGUUAUCAAUUUUCAUGUUACACAUUUGAACAAGAAGAUUAUAAAAAGGUAGAAGAAAUGAUAUGAAGGAUAGGUCCUCAAUUACAAAAUGAUUUAAAGAAAAAAAAAACAAUAUAAAAAUCAAUAUUUAAGUGAUUCGUUUACUUUUUUUACUACAUUUGCAAGGUUUCAUUUAACAUUUACUUGUCCUUGGUUGUGAUCUUCAUUAAAAGUCAUAAUAAUGCA